AGUCAGAGAUUGAGAAGAUCUAAAAGUCACCUGUCAUCUUUAAAAACAGAAACAAGCUAUAUAAACAAGCUCCACGCUUAUUUCCUGUUCCGAUUUUUUUCCGGAUUCGAACGCAACUUAGCGCAGCAGGUAUUUUUUUUCUGGGUGUGGAUGAACUCGUCGAUGUCUGCAUGGCAACGAGACGACUCGGUGAUGCGCGCCUAGCAUGGCGGUGGCCCCCGCAGCGACCACACAGGGAUGGCGCUCGCCGGUGAACCGGACGCCCCAGUCCCGAAGAGCAGCGCUCAUGCUGGCCUCGCUGCUCACCUCUCUCCUCCUGCUGCUUCACUGCCUGGCGUCCCAGCCGCGAUCCACCUCCCGCCGGGCAGCAGCGGACGAGCCCGAGUUCGACUCCCGGAGGAGGCUCGAGUGGACCGGCGUCGGGGAAGCGGCGGGCUACCCGGCCUCCAGGCGUUCGUCGCGGGUGCUCGCGGACGAGCUGGAAGCACCGGAGAAGAGGGCGGAGGCUGCCGGCAUCCUACUGGCGCCGCAGCUGGCGGCGGCCGACCGGAGGGUGUCACCGAGGCUUGCAGGUAGACUCAGCCCGCUCGGGGAGGGCGUCAAGAAACUGCCUCAGGCGCUCAUCGUCGGUGUGAAGAAGGGAGGCACCCGUGCCCUGCUGGAGUUUCUCCGGGUCCAUCCGGACAUCAGGGCCGUGGGGGCAGAACCGCACUUCUUUGACCGCAACUACCACAACGGCCUGGAGUGGUACAGGGAUCUGAUGCCCAAGACCCUGGAGGGCCAGAUCACUAUGGAGAAGACCCCCAGCUACUUUGUGACCAAAGAGGCACCCGCCCGGAUCUCGGCCAUGUCGCGAGGCACAAAACUGAUUGUGGUUGUGCGAGACCCGGUCACCCGGGCCAUCUCGGACUACACGCAGACGCUGUCCAAGAAGCCGGACAUUCCGUCCUUCGAGAGCCUCACCUUCAAGAACAAAACUACGGCCCUCAUCGACACGUCGUGGAGUGCCAUACAGAUCGGCAUCUACGCCAAGCACCUGGACAACUGGUUGCAGUACUUCCCCAUGGAGCAGAUCCUAUUUGUGAGCGGCGAGCGGCUCAUCAGCGACCCGGCCGGCGAGCUGGGCCGCGUGCAGGACUUCCUUGGCCUCAAGCGCAUCAUCACCGAUAAACACUUCUACUUCAACCAGACCAAGGGCUUCCCGUGCCUCAAGAAAGCCGAGGGGAGCAGCAAGCCCCAUUGCCUGGGCAAAACCAAAGGGCGCACCCACCCCGACAUCCGCCCCGAGGUGGUGCGCCGCCUCAGAGACUUCUACCGGCCCUUCAACAUGAAGUUCUACCAGAUGACAAUGCACAACUUUGGCUGGGACGACUGAAUGUGGCGAACGACAACGACGUGGCUGACUGCAGGUGGAAUAUCAGGGAGAAAAACUAGGGGAUUACAAUUGUGCUCAUAGACUGAAGUUUUUUUUUUUUUUUAUUUUCCUCUCUCCAAGAAAUUGGCUAAAGCUGAAUGUCAAAUAUGAGGAUAAAGCCAACAUUUGAAUUUUACACUUUUCAGUUGAAACUUUAAGUUAGUUGCAAAGCAAAAAAAACAUUUAAAAAAAAUUUUAAGUUAGUUGCAAAGCAAAAAAAACUGUCAACUCAAUGUUUUGAUUUUAUUCAAUUAAUUGACAUUACUUGAAAAUUGCUGAUUUAAAAAUAAAUGAAUGCUUUAUAUAGAGAAAUCUUAUGUAAAAUGUAAAUAUAAAAUAAAUCUAAUAAAAUAGAAUUGCAUAAAAUAGUUAUAAAAUAAAAAAUAACUAUAAAUGUAAAUAAUGGUAAAAAUACAUGAACAAUAUUGAUAUAAUUUAUAAACUUAAAAUCCUGUUUUCCACAGAAAAGCAGACAUUCUCUUUGGUUUAAUCAGCAAAAUACAUUGCAACUCGGAACUGGAAAUAGUCCUUUUUUAUAUGUAUGCUUACAGCAAAUGUGUUUGACUUUAAAUCAUAAAUAACCUCAUAUUUUUGGCUUUGCUGUGGAAAAUUAUUAUGAUUAUUUUUUUUUAAUCCUCAAAGUGUUCUGAUCAAAUAUGCAAAGUGUGACAGUGUGUUUCCGGAACAAUCCCAAUCAGGUGUUUGUGGAAGGACUUGUGUGUUUGAUUAAUGUUUUUGAUUUAAAAGUAACAUAUGCACUGAGUGAUUUAACGCCAUAUACUGUAUUUGAAACCCGAUAUACGUAGCUGCUUUUGAGGCUUAACAUUUUUCUACCGACAAAAUCUCUUAAGUAUUUUUGCAAAUGUAUUUAUUCCACAUGUAUUUUGAAUAACUGAUGUCUAACACUUCAUUCACCCUGGUGUCUUUACAGCACACGCUUAAAUUUCACUUCCAUUCUCUUGUCUUCUUAAGCAAAUUUUUUUUUCCUUUCGCUCACCGCCAUUCAAGCUCCUUCGUCCCAAAGCGGGACUCCAAUUUCCUAGGACGUGCCUCCGCUCGAUGUCACUUUUAAAGCCUGCGGGGCCACGUGUGCCGCUCGCCGAGCACAAUGGCCCGCUUGUGUUCCUCCUCUUUUGUGUGUGGACUUGUAAGAAGCAGAUGUGCAUCAAAAGAAACACAAUCAUUGAAAGGUUUGAAUAAAAGUUGUUGCAAACAUUUUCGUCUCUCAAUUAAAUGUUCUCCGCAAAGACACGGGAAAAAAAGCUAGGAUGUAUUAAAGAAAUAUUU